AGGUGUGGUGAGCGGCUGGCCGGUGCGCAUCCGCAUCGUGCUUGCGUUUUUUGGUACCCUUUCAUUCUUUUUGCAAAGCUGCGGUGGAUUUCUCUGGACGGGGGGCAUCGAUUUUAGCCGGAGAGCACUCUCUCUUUGCACAGCUGAGGCCCUGAAGCACCGCAGCACACGAAUGGUGCCCUUCCGCUGGGCCAUCACGAGCGCCGGCAAGAUCGCCGCGGACUUCGCGCACGCCGUGCGCCAGCUCGAGGGCCACGAGGUCGUGGCCGUGGCGGCGCGCAGCGAGGCGGCGGCGCGCGAGUUCUGCGCGCGGCACGCCCGCGGCGCGGCGGCGUACGGCGGCUACGAGGCCAUGUUCCGCUGCGACCGGCACGGCGCCGACGCGUGCUACGUCGCGACGCGGCCCGACUCGCACCGCGCGCUCUGCGAGCGGCUCAUCGCGCGCCGCGUGCCGACGCUCUGCGAGAAGCCGCUCGCGACGUCGGUGGACGACGUCGCGGCGCUCUACGCCGCCGCCGCCGCCAGCCGCACCUUCCUCAUGGAGGGCGUCUGGACGCGCUGCUUCCCCGCGACGGCCAAGGCCCGCGAGCUGCUGCGGGGCGGCGCGAUCGGCGACGUCGUCGCCGUGCAGGCCGAGUUCGGCUACGCCAUCGCGAACGGCUGCCCCGACGGCGUGCGGGGGUCCGCGGCGACGGGGGGCAUGGGCCGCGACAUCGGCGUGUACCUCGCGGAGAAGGCGCUCCUGGCCUUCGACUCGCGCGACUACGACCUCGCCGACGCGCGCGGCGUCGCCGUGCUGGGGCGCGGCGACGGCGUCGACCUCACGGUCGCGGCCAGCGCCCGCAUGGUCGGCCGCGACCCGAAGCGGCGGGGCGGCGUCGCCUCGCUGCUCUGGACGGGCCAGUGCGACACGCCGGAGGUCUGCGCGGUCCUGGGCACCGCCGGGUCGCUCCGCUUCGCCGCGACGCACCACACGCCGCGCACGCUCGAAGUCACGACGCGCACGUCGCGCACCGCGUCCCGGACGGAGGUGCUCGACUUCCCCGAGCCCGGCGACGACGGCGCGCACCGGUGGAACUACCCCGGCUCCAUCUCGCUCCAGUACGAGGCGGCGAGCGUCGCGCGCGCGGUGCGGGCCGGCGCCGUCGAGGCGCCCGAGUGGACGCACGCGGACUCGCUCGCCGCGCACCGCAUCGUGGAGCGCGUCCGGGACCAGUGCUACGCGCCGACCGCCGACGUGGACGCGGCGAAGCCGGGCGACUUCUAGGGAGACGCGCACUUCCUCCCCCGCCUUUAAAGUUUAGACCUCGCCCUAACUUCAUUAACAUUAUUCACAUGGCCGCGCGAGCCGCUACUCACCCGACGAGCGCCGUGGCCCACGGCCGCCCGGCGACGCCGAGCAGCUGCUCACCCGACGGGCGCCGUGGCCCCGUGCGCCGAGCAGCUGCUCACCCGACGGGCGCCGUGGCCCCGUGCGCCGAGCAGCUGC